CGCGGCUUGUCAUGGAGAAGACGCCUCACUGCCUCCUGACCGGCCUGGGCGCUGCAGAAUUUGCCGCCGCCAUGGGGGUCCCGGCGGUUCCUGGGGAGCAGCUGGUAACGGAGAGAAGAAGGAAACACCUUGCGAGAGAGAAGCAGAAGGAGGCUCAGAAUCCGGACCAGCAGAAAGACUUGGGCACCGUGGGCGCCGUUGCCUUGGACGCCAGAGGAGACGUGGCUUACGCCACCUCGACCGGGGGCAUCGUGAACAAAAUGGUCGGCCGAGUCGGGGACACGCCCUGUGUAGGAUCCGGGGGCUACGCCGACAAUGCCAUUGGAGCUGUUUCCACCACGGGGCACGGGGAGAGCAUCCUGAAGGUGAACCUGGCCAGGCUCGCGCUCUUCCAUGUGGAGCGGGGAAAGACAUUGGACGAGGCGGCGUCGGCGUCGCUGGGUUACAUGAAGUCCAAGCUCCAAGGCCUGGGUGGUGUCAUCUUGCUCAACACAGCGGGAGACUGGGCGGCCCAGUGGACCUCGGAGUCUAUGGCCUGGGCGGCCGCCAAGGAUGACAAGCUGCACGUCGGCGUCAAUCUUGGCGACACCAGGGUCACUGACCUGCCCUGAGCCCCGGAGGGUUAGGCCAGGAGCUGGCCUGCAGGUGACGCCGUUGCCUGGGUCGCAGGCUCAGCUUGACCCGUUAGCUAGAACCAGAAGCACCCUCCGGUCUGCCCCGCGUCCUGCCCCUGGAGCAGUGCCUGUCCGAGUGUGUGGUGAGGGGUGGAGUCUGAAGGGAGGAGAGAAGUGCCCACAGUGAGGUCAAAAUGCAACGAGUGAGGAUGACGGAGGCCGGAGCCGUCUCUUGAGCCGCCCCCUGGUCUCAGGUUAGAAAGAACCAACAUGAUCUCAACCCAACCACCACCGGAAUGUCCUCGCACAGGGAGCUGGAAUUGGGAAACACACCCCCCCCAGUUCCCUCACCCCCAGUGGCAGAGCUGCCCCCCAUCCCGGGCUGUCAUGGUUGCACUUUCUGGCGGGACCGGGAGGCAGGUGGGAAGAGAGUCCGCGGACGCGUCUGACGGCGGCAGGAGCAGCAGAGCUCAUGGCAGAGUCCGGCUGAGCGGCGCCCACUGGGCCCGAAGGACGUGGGUAAAAGCGGGAGCGGCCGACGGGUUUCUAAGGACGGUCGGACCCUUGCUGACUUACUGACGUCGAAGCUUCCAGACCUCAGAGGACCCUCUGGUAACUCGCAGUUCCCGGAGCUGAUGGUGCAGCCUGGGCCCCACCCCUGAGUGGGAUGUGGCCGUGGGUCGCGGGGAAGGGAGGCGUUCCCUGGUGGAGGGUCCCGUUAACCUUCCCACUGGAGCGGUGUUUCUGCUGUGCCGGGUCUGCAGUCUGACCUCUCUGGAAGGAACCUGCUUAACUGGCAAUCCCACGGCCACUAGUAAACGAAUAAAAUGCGAUUUGGAAGAACAA